AUGACUGAAAAUGCCAACGAAUCUGCAGAUGUUUCCCUUCGAAUCGACGAAAGUUUGGAUAAAACCGAAGAUUUGGAGAUGGAAGAGCCUAAGGAAUAUGUAAGGAGUUGUAAAUUUAUUGACUUUUUCAACUUUUAGGAGCCAGUUUCCACAGAAAUUACGACAAAGUUGAUGGAUUUAGUGGAAAAUGUCAUUCUGAAUGAUGGAGAUAUCAACAAUGCAAUUGAGGAUAUCAAAACAAUAGAUUCGGUGAGCAAAUUUGAUAUUAAUUUAUGUUACACAUGCCAUUUCUGAUGAAAAUUUGACGAAUCUUGAGUUUAAUUUCAAGUAUAAUAUAACUUUCGUCUAUUUUUAGCCUCUAGUCCGAUCUCAGCUCAGCGAUGUCUACGGAAAUCUAUCCUUGAUCAGUUUGACGGCAGAUCAGAGCAAAAAAGCGAUAGAAUUGGGAAAGGCCAUCGCUCAGAAUGUAAGAAUUUUGAUGUUAUACUAGACAUAAUUUGAAAUAAACUUUAUUUUUCCUUCAGUUUGUCCCAGAAGAUGUCCUCAAAGUGGAUUGCCCAGCUAUGGGAGCCAAUGAAAUCAAGGGGAAGAUUGUGAAAACUAGGACAAAAGUAUAGUAAGUUGUUUUUAAAUUUUUGUUUUCAAAAUUUUUAGACAUCAAAAGGAAGAUUUGAACUUUGAUUUGAUCGAUAAGAUACGAUAUUUGGUUCUGUUUGAGCCAUUAUUUGAAGUUUUUUGACCAUUGGUACCUAAAGUAAUAUAAUUUUAGUUACAAACAGACCAAGUUCAACCUUCUCCGUGAAGAAUCUGAAGGUUUCUCGAAGCUGAUCACCGAAUUAUUGACCCCAAUCGAGGAAGACGCCCUCUGGGUACGGAUCAGCCAGCUGAUUGGGCAAUUUAAUUUGGAUCCGAACAGAGUUCUCGACAUUAUUCUGGAGUGUUUUGCCUGCGAAUUGGGGAGAAAAGACGUGUUUGUGGGAAUUUUGAGGAGGCUGAGGCUAUCCAAGGAGGUCCUCAGGGAUAUGGUCACCUUGAAAUUCAUCUUUUAUCAGGUUAGUUUUGAAGAUUUUUUUCGGAUUUGGGAUGUAAUCUAAAGACAGAAACAUGAAUAAAUUGAUGAUUUGUGGCUAGUGUAAGGUCGUUGAUAUAAAAUUUUGAUUUUUUAACCCACUAAAAUAUAAUUACAACGCAUUUCAGCGAGCCGGUCACACCUCCAACUCCUUCUACAAGAUGGCCGUGAUUCUCUGCCUGGAGGAUCUACUGGACAUGCUCCAAUUGUUCCAAAGACUCGCUCCGGAUCAACAGAAAUUAAUCGAGGACUCCAACAAUUCCAAAGCCAUGAUCAAACAGCGAGCUCAGAAGGCCGAAAAGAUAUCCACCAUCGCCGCCAUGGAGAUCCAAUCUCAGAAUCCAUCGACUUCGCAGAGUUCCCAGGGCCAGGAAUCGAGUAGCAAUCAGGUUACGUUCGAAAGCGCCAUCAGAGCCCAGAUCUCGGAGGAUCACAAGUUUUCGGCGGAACUCUUUGAUGAGGUAGGUGCCUAAUUUAAGAUAAGGUUCAGAAAUGGGAGUCUGGUCGGUUGAAAUUUUCAAUUUCUGCUCUUUUUUACUAAUAUGUUUUCUACAGUAUGAUGUGCUCGGAAAGAAUCAGAAACUCGGCUUCCUGGUCGCGGCAUUGGAGUUGGGAUCCCUUUCCAUCGCUUCGCAAUUGCUCUCCUACUUCCCUCACGAUUACAUUUUUGGUAAAAGCCGACGAGCAAGGGAGGGUCUGACCAGAAUUCUCGGAUACAUCAUCGACGACUUUUAUAGGGAGUGAGUUUGGGCUUUUUUAUAAAUUUUCUUUUAUUUGAUGUCAAGUAUAAUAUAAUAUUUUAGGAAAAAUCCAUCAAUUUGGGAAUCCCAUCCAGCACGAAAGAGAACCUGGGAUAGUUUUAUCGAAAAGCCAGCGAAGGUUUCAAAUUGGGCCGAGUUUGAGGAGAGGGCGGUCCCUUUGGUUAAACUGCUCGGUCCAAAUGUUGGAUGUGUCGCUGAGGUAGCGACCAAGUUAGCGAGAUUAUUGAAAAUUAUGCUAGAGGAUCCAGAGCUGAACAAAACACCCGAAAAUACACUUGAAUGUGGGUUUAUCACUUCUUUUAUAUUGUUUUGCCAUCUAGUAUAAUACGUAUAAGAUUAUAUGGAUGGUGUUGUGUUUAGGCAAUGAAAAAGUCAACCAACUAGUCGAUUUUGCCCUAUUGCCUGGUCUAACCAUAGCCGAGCCGAUGUAUAAAUACGGGGAAGAAGUGUGGAUAUUGAUCAGUAGACUACCCUACCAUCAGAGAUAUCGGAUGUACGGAAGGUGGAAGACGGUCAAUACUGUGCCAUACUACUUGAUGCAGCUGGAAAAAGGAAUGAUAUUGGGGAGAGCGAGAUACUUGAUGAAGUAAGGGAUUUUUAAAUUUUUUUGGCGAUUAAUGUCAUGUGCAAUAUAAUUUUUGUCGAGAACCUUUAUAUUUUUUGAUAUUAUUUUGUUCUUAUAGACGUUUAUCAAAGGACACAGUGAAGUUAAUAGGGCGUCAGUUGGGGAAAUUGUGCCUGAAUCAUCCCACAAUUGCCCUGGAUUACCUCCUAACUCAAGUCCAAACUUUUCAAAACUUGAUCGAUCCAGUGGUGGAAUCCCUCAGAUAUUUGUCGGAAUUGGCAUUUGAUGUCUUGACUUGUAAGUUUAAUGAUUUUGAUUGGUCUCCUUGUGUUUGAAGGAGCUUUUUUUACGGUUUGAUAUUUAUUUUGGUGAUUUAGACACGUUGAUCGAAAAUCUGGCCGAUCCAGCUAAACAAUCGCUCAAAACUGGCGAUGGAACCCUAAGUCCGUGGCUGUCAGCCCUUGCUGCUUUCACUGGAUCCAUUUAUAAGAGAUAUGCCAUAGAAUAUGAAGGGUUAUUACAAUAUAUUGUAAACCAACUGAAGGAUAAAAAGUCGGUGGAUUUGUUGGUCCUCAGAGAAGUCAUAACUGCAAUUGGAGGUGUCGAUCAGUCCACAAAUUUGACAGAAGAACAUGUGCAGGGACUGAUGGGUGGAGAAUUGCUGAAGCAGGAGGUAAAACAAAAUUUUUAAAAGUUUAUUUUUCAAGUUGUACAGGGAGUACCAAUUUUGUGGCCCGAUUUGAAUCAGCUAUAACUUCUUUAAUUUUGGGCCGAAUGUUAAAAUUCUUUUUUUUCCCUGAAUCCUCAGACGUCCCCAUUCAAAAUUUUCAUAUCUAUGCCCUCCGGGUUUCACCCCUUAGAUAAAAUCGGGCCACGAAAUUGGUACACCCUGUAUUAUAAAAUAUGCCGAUUUUUUGUCUAAUUUUGUCAUUUUCUUGCAGACUUUCACAUCCCUGGCGCAGAAAUCAAAUCGAAAAGCAGUGACUCGGCUGAAGGAAGCCCUCCAAAACGCCGAUCUCAGCGUUUCUCUGGCCAUUUUAAUGGCCCAACAACGCGAUUGUAUCGUCCAUCAGGAGACCAAACAAGCGCCGGUCAAGUUGUCCUGUCAGAUCCUGGACGAAUGCCAGUCCACCUUCCUCCAAUUCGUCAAUUUCCUCCGCACAAACGUCAAGAUGGAGGAUUAUUCCAAGCGAUUUCCACAACUCUCGGACCUGAUGACCAGAUUCAAAUUGGCCCCAGAGACCGCAUUCCAUUUGGCCAGACCCAUUUAUUGGUUCAGAGCUCAAAGCUCGUUCGAAUUGACCAAGAAAUUGAAAAAGGAAACGACCGAAAAGAAGAAGGUGGACUCAGAGACCAAGAAUGAAUUAUACAAGGAAGCCAUGGGCCAAGUCCUCAUCUCUGUGGAAGAAGAGCUCGUCCGAGUGAAGGACUCGGAGUUCUGGAAGGACAUCUCCGCAAAGUAAGGCUCAACUUUUAUAUUAUACAUCAGGUUUUUGAUAUCACACUCGAUUUUACGAGAGUUUUGGUAGAAAAAAUGAUAAUAUUUAAUUCUCAGGUUGUUCACAAUGUUCUGGAUGCUCUCCGCCAACGAUCUUGAAGUCAGUAAGGCCGCGUAUGAAAGGGAAAUUGAAAAAAUAAAGAAACAAUUGGAGGCAGCCACCAAUUCAGAUGCUGUAAGGCAGGCAUUUGACGCCCUCAAUACGAGUUUUCAGUCCAAGAAGAAGCAGAUCAAAGAAGAGGAACGUCUCAAAACAUUGGAAGCGAAGUUGCGCGCGGAAUUAAACAAAAUGGAAGAGCAUGUGGCCAGGGUCAACCAAUUAUUGGUCUCCACUAAGGAAUUGUUGUUUGCUACUGGUAAGAAUGGUAUCUUUUGUAAGAAAAAAUAUAAUUCCUAGGAGUGGGAAAGGGUUUUGGAUCAAUAAUUUGCGGAUUGGACCAGAUAUGAAAGAUUUUUUAUAUUGUACUAGGCAUCAAUUAUUAUAUUUUAAAAAUUUCAGCGUCCUCCGCCCAAAACAACCGCUUCCUUCAAGUCUGCGUGAUCCCCCGGGCCGUCUUCUCCGAGAUCGAUGCCGUCUUCUGCGCCAAGUUGAUCAUGACCAUCCACAGUAACAGAACCAGCUACUUCCAGACGAUGAUCCUCAUGGACAAGAUCUUUUAUGACAUCUCGGUGGUGCUGAUUGCUCUCACAGAGAACGAGGCCGCCAAUUUUGGAAAGUUUCUGAGCCUACUGCUGGAGAAAGUCAUGUAUUGGCAUGGAGAUAAGGAAAUCUUUGAUAAGGUGGGUUAUGGAGUAAAAAAAUUGGGAAAUUUGAAAAAUUGAAGCGUUCUAGAGUAGAUGAAAGUAUAUAAAAUGAGCUUUUCUUUUCAGGAAUGCCUCGGAUUCCCCGGAUUUUUAACAAAAAUUCGUAAUUCAAGCGGAGAAUUUGAUUAUUUUGGAUAUAAAAACGUCUGCCACAAGUGGCAAAGCCGCAUCUCAAAGGCCGCCCAGUACGCAAUCAACAAUGGAUCGUAUUUGCUUUGCAGAAAUAUGAUUGUCGUCCUGAAAAAAGUGAGUUGGGAUACUAAAAUUUGAAUGUUUUAUAUUAAUUUAGAUACUAAAUCACUUCCCGAUCAUAAAAACAUACGAAACGAAUAUGAUCGCAGACAUGGAGGCGCUGCGAGAUCGAGAGAAGGGCAAGAGAGAGGAUCUGAGUGUUCUGGCCACGUCUUACUUGAUCAAUUUGAAGAAGAGAAAGGCCCACAUUUUCACAGUGGAGGAGUUUAAAGGAACCCCAAAAAAGGUGAAAAACGAAAAGAAAGAAGAGAAGAAGGAGGAGAAAAAGAAGGAGAAGAAGUCAGAGAAGAAUGGAAAGGAAAAGUCAGAGACGCCGAGCACACCGACACAAAAGCAGAAGAGGGAUUUCAGCGGGGAUGAAGGUGUCAUGAAGAAGGUAAAAAAUGGAUCAGAAAUGAUUACUAGGAGGGGAAACGGAUGUCUUAAGGGAGUCAAGGGCUUUAUUGAGGUUUGAAUUGUUUUUUGGACGGGUACGAUUUUUUGAAAGUUUAAAUUCCCGCCAUUUCUGGCAUUGUGUUUCGUGUGGUUAUUUUGCCAUAUAAAGCUCGAAAAUGACAAAAAUUAUAUAGCACGAUGUAAAAAUUAAGCCAUAACGCGUUAAUGAUGUUGUUUUGAAGCCCCGCACUUCUCAAAAAACGUGUUUUUAGCACUUGGUACUGUAUAGUACAAGGUGGUACUAUAUUGCACGAGGUAAAAAUUAAGCUAUAACGCGUGAAUGACGUUGUUUUGGUAUGCAGUACUGAUCAAACGUUCAUUUUGUGCAAAAACAAAUUCGUGCUAUAUAGUACCAUGUGCUAAAACACAUUUUUGAGAAGUACUGGGCUUCAAACCCAUAGCAUUGACGUGUUAUGGCUUAAUUUCUACCUCGUGCUAUAUAGUACCACCUCAUACUAUACAGUACCAAGCGCUAAGAACAUUUUGUUUGGGCAGUGCUGGGCACCAAACCAACAGAAUUAACAUUUGAAUGCAUAAUUUUUAAUCGCACUAGCUUGGGGACAAAAACGUCCUGGGGACAAAACCGGUGUGGGGACAAAAAAAUAAAAAAAGUGGGGACAAAAACGUCUUGGGGACAAAACCGUCCUGGGGACAAAACCGGGGUGGGGACAAAAACGUCCACUACGCUUUUUGGUCUCUUUUGAACACUUGAUUAUAUUAUCCAUGAUGAAUUUUAUUCCAGGCCAAAACAAUAUCGCCGCCGGACACGCCCUCUUCAAGUAACAGUAAAAAUGAUGAGAAAGAAAAGGAGACGAAGGAAAAGGAGGUGAAGGAGAGAGCAAAAACAACACCCAAGGAUCAAAUCCGAAGAAUUUUGAACAAAGAAAAUGAAAGGGACAAGGGAAAGGACAAGGAAGACAAGGAAAAGAACGGAAUCAAAGCGAGGAAAGUAGUAUCGCCAAGGGAAUUUCUAGAACAAUCGAAAAAGAAUGGAAAAGAUCGAGAGAAGGGAGGAGAGAGAAGAGAAAAAGAGAAAAAAGAGGAGAAAAUGAAGGAAAAUGGAGAUAAACGGGAGGAAAAGGAGGAGAAUAAAGUUGAUAAAGUAGGUCUCAGUGAGGAGUUUUGGGGGCUCGGACUUUUGGAGUAAUUGAAAUUCGUAUUUUAGGAGAUAAAAGAUGAGAAAAAGACAAAGGAAGAUACCACAAAAGAAAUAAAACCCACAAAACCACUGAGAAAGACAAUAUUGGCACCAGAGAAGGAAAUAGAAGUGGUCAAAGAGAAGGAAAAGAAGGAUUCGAGCAAGAGCGACAGUAAUAAGAGGAAUUCGGAUGAGAAAAUAAGGUAACACAAUAUAAAAUUCGGAGAACUUUUGUGUAGAAAGCUUAUAAAUUAAUGUAAAAGAACACUUUUUUGCUAUUUUGAAAAAAAUGCGAAAUUUUUGAUUGAAAAUAUGAAAAAUUCAAAUUUUUUGCUUCAACUUGCUUAGUUCAAUUUAUGUUUUAUUUUUUUUUUUUUUGAUAUUUGCCAGAUUUGAUUAUGAAGUCUUAGAUUGUAGUCUAAAUUACUUAUUGUGAGUGAUUUCAGGCCCAGUUCCCCAUCAAAACAUCGCGAGCGUCGUCCCUCGAAGGAAAAGGACACCCACGAUCGACGGCAUUCCGACCGAAAACCGGCCGAAGAGACGGCCAAACCUCCCAAACGGAUCUCACACUCCAAUUCGAGGGAAAACGGCCCCUCGAUGAAGAGGGCCCGUAAUUAA